AUGAGAAUUCAUAUAAGUGAAUUAACCAAGACGCAGUUACCAGAAGGAGUUUAUGACCUUGAGGCGAGAGAAAUCAUAAGGGUCAAGGGAAAGGGUGGAAUGCGUACCUACUGGCUGAACGGCAAAUUAAAGAAGGACAAUUUUCAGGAAGUUUUGGUUGGAAAUCAAGAAGCAUCCCCUAACAGUGCGACCGGGGACAUGACGGAAAUUCCUAAAGAAACCUUAAAAGACCAUCACUUACCUUCCAGUGAAUUAAACAGGACGUCUCCUGCGACGUCGAAAGAGGAUGAUUUUGACGGCCGAUCUCUUUAUUCACCGGUUACUUACGAGGCAGCAACACGUCGUCGGAGUUCGUCACGUUCCAUUAAAUUAACUCUUACCUCUGCUAGAAGUGCUCCGGAUUCGUUUCCUGUGAAAGAGAAUCUGACCCAGUCGAACGUUUAUUCGAUUGUACCCAACACUGACAGUGUCGAUUUGCCACGACCAAACUUAACGACGUGCUCAUCAGCCCUAAAAUGUGAAUCGCUUAAGCCAAGUGGCGGGGAGAAAAGCCGAGACAAAAACUGUAAUCAACAUUAUCGCGAAGACAUGAGCCACGUUGCGAAGUCAGGUCAUGGCAUAUGCAAGUCAGAGUAUGGAAUUCGAAACGGUCUGUUUAUAUCUAUCUAUCUAUCUAUCUAUCUAUCUAUCUAUCUAUCUAUCUAUCUCAGUCUUCAUAUCUAUUUCAGUCUGUUUAUAUCUAUCUAUCUAUCUAUCUAUCUAUCUAUCUAUCUCAGUCUUCAUAUCUAUUUCAGUCUGUUUAUAUCUAUCUAUCUAUCUAUCUAUCUAUCUAUCUAUCUAUCUAUCUAUCUCAGUCUUCAUAUCUAUUUCAGUCUGUUUAUAUCUAUCUAUCUAUCUAUCUAUCUCAGUCUGUUCAUCUCUCUCUGUCUCUCUGUCUCUGUCUGUCUGUCUGCCUGUCUAUCUUCCCGUAGUGAAAUUACUCAAUGGACCACUAAAAUAUUAUCUAUCUAUCUAUCUAUCUAUCUAUCUAUCUAUCUAUCUAUCUAUCUAUCUAUCUAUCUAUCUAUCUAUCUCAGUCUUCAUAUAUCUGAAAAUUAA